AUGAGCCAAGGCGACGACGCGUCCCUGGACACCGUGUCACCAUCCAAUACCAUCACAAUGGCUUCUAAACCGUCAUCAAAGGUCAAGCAUAUUCCCGCUGAUGAGCCGAAGAGGCAAGCCCACAAUGCAGAAGCCAGCGCCGCCACGGCACUAGAGCACGAGCUUACCUUUCGCGACGCCGUGCGUCUCUACCCCAAGGCCAUUGGCUUCUCGCUGCUGUUCUCCAUGGCGAUUAUCAUGGAAGGCUACGAUAUGGCUCUCAUUGGCUCGUUUUACGGAUAUGAAUCGUUCCGCAACAAGUAUGGCAACCAACCAGAUCCCGAUGGCGGCAUGGUUAUCUCUGCGGAUUGGCAGACGUACAUCCAAGUCGGUGGCAUGUGCGGGCAAAUUUUCGGGCUGUAUCUCAAUGGCUGGGUCUCUGAUGCUAUUGGAUACAAGAAGACUAUGAUACUGGCGCAGAUCAUCAUGGUUGCUUUCACGUUUAUCGUCUUCUUCGCGAAGAAUAUCGAGAUGAUCCUUGCAGGUCAGAUUCUUAUGGGCAUUCCAUGGGGCGUCUUUCAGACCUUGACGUUGGCAUAUGCAUCUGAUAUCGCUCCCGUGGUUCUCAGGCCUUAUCUCACGGCUUAUGUGAAUCUCUGCUGGGUUAUCGGGCAAUUGAUAUCAGCGGGGGUCCUUCGUGGACUUCUUAAUCUGGAUAAUGAGUGGUCAUAUCGCGUUCCAUUUGCUUUGCAAUGGAUGUGGCCACCGUUCAUCAUCCUCGGCACGAUUUUUGCGCCAGAAUCGCCUUGGUGGUUGGUUCGCAUGGGCCGUCACGAAGAUGCAAAGAAGGCUAUCCUGGGCCUCGUCACGCCUCAGCCGGACCUCAAGUUCGAUGCCGAUGCGCAAGUCUCAAUGAUUCACGAGACGAAUGAGCUUGAAAAAGCUACGUCUGCGGGCACUAACUAUUGGCACUGCUUCAUGAGAGCUGACUUGAGACGGACUGAGAUUGCGUCCAUAACAUACGUCGCGCAAGCCAUGUGCGGCAGCGUUCUUAUGGGGUAUUCAGUCCAAUUUUAUGAGCGCGCAGGCCUCUCGUCAAACAGCGCGUUUACACUUAACAUUGUACAGUACUCUGUAGGCGCAAUCGGCGUCAUCCUUUCUUGGUUCCUCAUGGCGAGAUAUGGACGUCGCGCGCUAUACAUCGCCGGCACAACCUCGCUCUUUAUAAUCCUUCUAGUAGUCGGUGGCCUUGGAUUCGCACCUCAAAGCAAAACAGGCCCUUCAUGGGCGAUCGGCAGCCUUCUCAUCUUUUAUACCUUUGUCUACGAUCUAGCAGUUGGACCAGUCUGCUACACCAUUGUUGCAGAGAUUCCGUCGACACGAUUGAAAGCGAAAACGAUCGUAUUGGCGCGCAACUUUAAUAAUAUGGCAGGGCUGGUAAAUAAUACGCUGAUGCCAAGAAUGCUUGGUGUACAUGCAUGGAACUGGGGUGCGAAAACAGGUCUUUUCUGGGCGGCGUUUUGCUUUCUCAUCAUGGUUUGGGCAUAUUUUCGUCUUCCGGAACCAAAAGGCAGGACUUAUGGAGAGUUGGAUGUUUUGUUUGAGCAUAGAGUCAGCGCACGUAAAUUUGCCGAAGCGCGGGUGGAUCAAUUUGGACAUAGGACGGGUGCUGUCCAGGUUGGUGCGCAUUCUAGGUGA